CUCCCUGCUAGUGCUCCCGAUCCAUCGCCACCAACCACUCCGGUCCGCCCCCGCUCCCGCUCCACUCCACCGACAGCCGGCGGCGCUCGUGAGCUGGUGGAGGAGGCGCCCACCGCUGGGCUUCGCCGCCAAGGUCCCCAUCGCCAUCGCCCUGCAUGUCCUUCGUCGUCUGCUCUGCCCCCGUGCCAGCUGCGGCCUCGCAGCCGGCCUCCCCUGCCGCCGGUUGCUCCGCUCCUCUCAUGUGCCGCGCGUCCGGCUGCGCUGGCGCGGGCGUCCGCCUGGUCGCCGCUCCGGUUGGCCAUUCCGCGCGUCCGGCCUCCGACCACGCCCCGCAAGUGGUACGAGCAUGCUUGGCCGGCUACGCUACAUGCAUGCCUCGUACCCUGGUGCUUGGCCGCGUGCAUGGCCACAUACGUACGCGUAUGUUUCAUGGCUGGCCGCUGGGCCGAGCUCGCAUGGCCGGGCCUUCCGCCCUUGCCGUACACGCAUGUUUCAUGGCUGACCGAUGGGCCGAGCUCGCGUGGCCGCGCCUCCGCGCCUUCCACCCUCGUCGCGCAUGCCUCUCCGCCCGGGCGCGCCGCCGUGCUGGCCUGCCUCCGCUCCGCCCCGCCCGCGCGUGCGCUCAGCGAGCCCCUGCUCCGCCUCCAUGCUCGAGCCCCGCUUCCCCCGGCCUCGCUCGUCCCGCAGCCGAGGUCUACAACCUGCCUCGCCGCGAGCCCGCCCGUGCCCACGGCGCCCACGAGCUCCGCCACGGCGUGGAGCGCGCGGUUGGCCGGCACGCCGCGCCCUGCGCAGCCCCGAGCGAGGUUCCAUGUAGGGGAGGUCGUCGUGGACGAGCGACAACUCGACGACGCAGGUGACGGGCUCGGGGUGGCUCGUGGGAGGCACAACAAUGGAGGAGAAGGCGGCGGCUCACAUCAACCCUGCAAACAAUAAUAUUUCUCCUUUUCACAUUCAAAAUAUACAGUUCCAAAAUGCAGGUUACAGUGAUGCUGCGUACAAUCCGGAAAUUGCAAAAGAAGAAGCUGGUCUUGGAGUUUUUCUUAGAAAUGUUAUUUUAAACCAUACUGUAUUUGUUCAAGCUGCUGCAAAAAAUGUUUGCUCUGUUUUGCAGGCUGAAGCUAUUGGAUUAUCACUGUCGGCUGAGGUGGUUAAAGCUCUAGGAUGGAAUACUGCUAUUUUCUUAUCUGAUUGCAGGAAUCUUGUCCAGGUGGCUAAAGCAAGAAACCUUUUAGAGAGUCCAGGAGAUUGGAGGAUAAGACCUAUGCUUGCUGAAUUUCUUAAUCACACUUCUUUUCUUUCAUCAUGUGAAGUCAGGUCUAUACCUAGGAAUGGGAAUGUCAUUGCUUAUUCCCUAGCUAAAAAAGCUUUUAUGCAAAGAGCUGUCUCUAGUUCUUCAAUCUUAUGCAGCAAAUCUUCUGGAUGUAAAGCUCAACAAGCUUUAAACCCUAUCUCCUUUCCUUUUCAAAA